AUGCCUUUAGGCCCCACUCUUCAAAUCAAAUCUACCUUCCGUAAGCCGUUCGGCUUUUCUAAUAAUAUGACACGUUUUGGUUAUUUACUCUCUCAUAGCCUUCUCCCAAACAUAUUUGUCAUUUUUUUGUAA